ACAUGUUGCUGUAUUCUUGGGCGAGUACACUCGUGACAUGUUGCUGUAUUCUUGGGUGAGUACAUGUUGCUGUAUUCUUGGGUGAGUACACUAGUGACAUGUUGCUGUAUUCUUGGGCGAGUACGCUGGUGACAUGUUGCUGUAUUCUUGGGCGAGUACGCUGGUGACAUGUUGCUGUAUUCUUGGGCGAGUACGCUGGUGACAUGUUGCUGUAUUCUUGGGCGAGUACGCUGGUGACAUGUUGCUGUAUUCUUGGGUGAGUACCCUGGUGACAUGUUGCUGUAUUCUUGGGUGAGAAUGCUGGUGACAUGUUGCUGUAGUCUUGGGCGAGUACAUUGGGGACAUGCUGCUGUGUUCUUAGGUGAGUACACUGGUGAAACAAUGCCCAAUCGCAUGUCCAAGAGAUUUGAGGAGCAGGGACAUCUGGUAAGCAGACUUCCGUUUCUUUUCAGUAAUGUGCUCCUCUUAUGCUCUCCUCAGGGUUUAGCAUGCAUCCCUUAAACAAAGAAAGUAGCCUCAUAUAAGCAAGGGUUUUGUGACUAGAGUGCCUCAGUCCAUUAUUGCUGCUAUAAGAUAAUAAUUGACCUGGGUAAUUGAUGAAGAACUGAAAUGUACUUUCUCAGAGUCCUGAAGGCUGGGAAGUCCACGAUCAAGGUGCUGGUAUCUGGUGUGGGCCUUCUUACUGUGUCUUCACAUAUUGGAAGGCAGAAGGGCAAGAGAACAUGAAUAUGUUGUCCUCACAUGGCAGAAGAACAGAAAGGGGUGAAUGCCCUCCCUCAAGUCCUUGGAGCAGCACUAAUGCAUUCCAAGUGCCUUUUGUUAGGCCCCACCUCCCAACACUUGCAUUGGGGAUGAAGUUUCUAAUACAUGAAUUUUGGGGGACACAUGCAGACCAUGGCAUAAAGGAACCUCUUUCCCCACAUGGAGUAGAACUGAGCAGGGAACCCAGCUGAGCAGCUGAAGUAAGCAGCCUAAGAGGAGUGAACACUCUGCCUGGGGAAGAGAGAAAGCAACAGCAGAGAGACUUGUGAGAUUUUCAGAAAUAAUUGAGUAGGGGAAAAGAUUCCCCACAAACAACAAGAUGAGGACAGAUUAUUCUUAUUUGGAUAGGAAAGGAAAGGAUAUUGUCUGGGUGCAGUGGCUCACACCUGCAAUCCCAGCACUUUGGGAGGCCAAGGUAGGAGGAUCACUGGAGGCCAGGAGUUUGAGACCAGCCAGAGCAACAUGGCAAGUCCCCAUCUCUACAAAAAGUUUAAAAGUUAGCUGGGUAUGGUGAUACACGCCUAUAUUCCCAGCUACCUAGGAGGCCGAGGUGGGAAGAUUCCUUAAGCCCAGAAGUUUGAAGCUGCAGUAAGCUGUGAUCACGUCACUGCAAUCCAGCCCAUGUGACAGAGGAAGACUUCAUCUAAAAAAAAAAAAGUGAUCCCCAGUAAUAUAGUUUGGAUGCCUCCUCCAAAUCUUAUGUUGGUGGGGCCUGCUGGGACGUGUUUGGAUCAUGGGUGUAGAUUUUUCAUGAAUGGUUUAGCACCAUCUCCUUGGUGAUGAGUAAGUUCGAGCAAGAUCUGGUUGUUUAAAAAUGUGUGGCACUGACCAGGCAUGGUGGCUCAUGCAUGUCAUCUCAACACUUUGGGAGGCUGAGGUGGGCAGAUCACCUGAGGUCAGGAGUUCGAGACCAGCCUGACCAACAGGGAGAAACCCCGUCUCUACUAAAAAUACAAAAUUAGCCAGGUGUGGUGGCGCAUGCCUGUACUCCCAGCUAUUCGGGAGGCUGAGGCAGGAGAAUCACUUGAACCCGGGAAGCGGAGGUUGCGGUGAGCCGAGAUCAUGCCAUUGUACUCCAGCCUGAGUAAUAAGAGCAAAACUCCAUCUCAAAAAAAAAAAAUGUGUGGCCUCUGUCCCUCCACCAGCUCUCUCUUUCUCAGCUGUCACCAUGUGGCAUGCCUGCUCCUGCUUUGCCUUCUACCAUGAAUAAAAGCUCCCUGAGGGCCUCACCAGAAGCUGAGCAGAUGUCGGUGCCAUGCUUGUACAACUUGCAGAACCAUGAGCCAAUUAAACCUUUUUUAUUUAUAAAUUACCCAGCCUCAGGUAUUUCUUUAUGGCAACACAAAAAAUAUAGAAAAUUGUACCAGGAGUGGUAUGUUGCUAUAAAGACACCUGAAAAUGUGGAGGUGACUUUGGAACUGGGUAAUGGCCAGAGAUUGGAAGAUUUUGGAGGGCUCAGAAGAAGACAGAAAGAUGAGGAAAAGGUUGGAACUCCUUUGAGACUGGUUAAAUGGUUGUGUCCAAAAUAAUUAAAGUGAUAAGAACAAUGAAGUCCAGCCUGAUGAGGUCUCAGAUGGAAAUAAGGAACUUACUGAAAACUAAAACAAAGAUCACUUGUGUUACACCUUGGCAGAGAGCUUGAUCGUAUUGUGUUUCAUGCCCUAGGGGGCUCUGAAAAUUUCUACUUAGGAGUGAUGACUUAGGAUAUCUAGUGGAAGAAAUUUCUAAGCAGCAAACAUUCAAGCUGUGGCCUGACUGAAUCUAACAUCGUAUUCUCACAUGCAAGAGCACAUAAAUGAAUUAAAGUUGGAAUUUAUAUUUAAAAGGGAAUCAAAGUGUAAAAGUUUGGAAACUUUGCAGCAUGGCCAUGUGGCAGAGAAUGAAAAAGCAUUAUCAGGAGAAGAAUCCAAGCAGGCUAUAGAGCAACCACCUGCUGGAGAUAUUAGCAUGACUCAAAAAACAAACAAACAAAAAAACCCAAGUGCUAAUAGCCAACACAAUUGGAAAAGACUUCAAAUGCAUUUCAAAAGUGUUUGAGACAGCCCCUCUCAUCACUGACCUAGAGGUCUAGGAGGACAGCAUGGUUUCAGGGGCUCACCCCAGGCCCUCACUGCCCUGCAUAGCCUUGGAGCACUGCUCCCCACACAUAGGCUGCUCCAGCUCCAGCCUCAGCUCAAAAGACCCCAAAUGUAACUCUGGCUUCAGAGGGUGCAAGCCAUAAGCCUUGGUAGCUCCCAUGUGGUGUUAAGCCUGUAGGUGUGUAGAAUACAAGAGUGAAGGAGGCUUGGGAUCCUCUACCUAGAUUGCAGAGGAUUUAUGAGAAAGCCUGGGCACUCAGGCAGAAGCCUGCUGCAGGGGCAGAGCCCGCACAGAGGAUAUAUACUAGGGCAGUGUAGGGGGGAAAUGUGGAGUAGGAGGCCCACAUAGAGUCCCCACUGGGGCAUUGCUUAAUUGAGCUGUGGGAAGGAGGACACCAUCCUCCAGACCCCAGAAUGGUAGAGCCACUGGCAGCUUACAUCUUGAGCAUGGAGAAGCUGCAGGCACACAACUCCAACCCACGAGAGCAGCUGCAGGGUGCGAACCUUGCAAAGCCACAAGGGUGGAGUUCCCCAAGGCCUUAGGAGCCCACCUGUCACUCCAGUGUACCCUGGAUGUGGGACUGGGAGUCCAAGGACAUUAUUUUGGAGCUUUAAGAUUUAAUGGCUGCCCUGCUGGAUUUCAGACAUGCAUGGGGUCCGUAGCCCCUUCCUUUGGGCUGACUUCUCCCUUUUGGAAUGGGAAUGUUUGCCCAAUGCCUACACCCUCCUGUAUCUUCAAAGUAAAUAAUGUGUUUUGAUUUUCACAAGUUCAUUGGUGGAAGGAACUUGGACUUGGGACUUUGGACUUGAUGUUGGAAUGAGUCAAGACAUUGAGAGGACUGUUGGGAAGAGAUGAUUCUAUUCUGCGAUGUAAGGACAUGAGAUUUGAGGGGUCAAGGGGAUAGUGAUACAGUUGGGAUGUCCCCUCCAAAUCUCUUGUCAAAAUGUAAUCCCCAGUGUUGAAGGAGGGGCCUGCAAGGAGGUGUUUAGGUCAUGGGAGUGGAUCCCUCAUGACUGGCAUAGCGCCAUCCCCUUGGUGAUGAGUGUGUUCACUCAGAUCUGGUUGUUCACAAGUGUGUGGCCCCUCCUCACCCCUUGCUCCCACUCUCACCAUGGGGCGUGCCUGCUCCUGCUUCACCUUCCACCAUGAGGAAAAGCUCCCUGAGGGCCUGCCCAGAAGCUGAGCAGAGGUGGGUGCCAUGCUUGUGCAGCCUGCAGAACCAUGAGCCAUUCUAACCUCUUUCCUUUAUAAAUUACCCAGCUUCAAGUAUUUCUUUAGAGCAAUGCAAAACUGAGAAUGGCAUGAGUAAAAUAUAAAGACCAUGGAUAAUUUUGAAAUCUAAAAAUGUGAAAUUAAUAUUCCUGAGGGAGUCAACACAGGAAAGAUGAGAGCACGUGGGCAGAGGCUGUUGCCCAUUGGUCACAUGUGGUCAGCAGAGAGCAGGUGACCAGCACCCUGGAGCUUUGCGGGAAGCACCAGAGAGCCUGGAGCUGAGGUUUUAAUUGUAGGGGCCAAAACAAAUGGGGAAAAAGACAAAUUUAGCAAACAAAGAAAGUAGAUGCUCAAUUGAGCCAGGAGGAAGUCACUAGCAAAGAGGAAAAAAAAUAGAGCUCUGGAAAAAUAGUGUAAACAGUCACAAGGAAGUGACCCUGUAUUGUGCCUGACCUCUGGACAGGUAUAUAAAGAGCCCAGGCUCAGGGGGCUCCACACCUGCACCUCCCUCUCACCUGCUCCUCUACCUGCUCCACCCUCAAUCCACCAGAACCAUGGGCUGCUGUGGCUGUUCUGGAGGCUGUGGCUCCGGCUGUGGGUGCUGUGGCUCCGGCUGUGGGGGCUGUGGCUCUGACUGUGGGGGAUGUGGCUCCAGCUGCUGUGUGCCCGUCUGCUGCUGCAAGCCCGUGUGCUGCUGUGUUCCAGCCUGUUCCUGCUCCAGCUGUGGCUCCUAUGGGGGCUCCAAGGGAGGCUGUGGCUCCUGUGAGGGCUCCAAGGGAGGCUGUGGCUCCUGUGGGGGCUCCAAGGGGGGCUGUGGCUCUUGUGGGGGUUCUAAGGGGGGCUGUGGUUCUUGUGGCUGCUCCCAGUGCAGAUGCUAUAAGCCCUGCUGCUGCUCCUCAGGCUGUGGGUCAUCCUGCUGCCAGUCCAGCUGCUGUAAGCCCUGCUGCUGCCAGUCCAGCUGCUGUAAGCCCUGCUGCUGCCAGUCCAGCUGCUGUAAGCCCUGCUGCUGCCAGUCCAGCUGCUGUAAGCCCUGCUGCUGUUCCUCAGGCUGUGGGUCAUCCUGCUGCCAGUCCAGUUGCUGCAAUCCCUGCUGCUCCCAGUCUAGCUGCUGUGUGCCUGUGUGCUGCCAGUGUAAGAUCUGAGGCUUUGGACUCAGGCCUCAUGUGAGUCCUGCUAACCCCAUCUUCCAAAGCUGUGACCUGUCCUUCAUCAUUGGGCCCCAAACCACUGCUCAGGGUCCAUUCCUCACUAUAAGAUGAAGCCAUAUCUGCCUGCCUUUUCCUAAGGAGAGUCCACCCUAAUUAAUGUCCAUUCCCUCCUAACAAAUUCUCUUCCCAAGUCAGCUGCAACUGCGGCUGAAUCACCCCUCACCCGCUAGCCUCGCCUUUGCUUGUGUAUUCAGAGGCCUGAGCUCCUGAACCCACUUGAAGUCCUGUCUUUUCCAGCUGGAGCAGCUGGGCAUGAGUGUCCCACCUGCAACAAGGUGGGCGUUUAAGAGGCUUCCUUGGAGUAGCUUUGCCUGUCCAACACUCUGCUUUAUCUUAAAUGAAAAGUUGCAAACUAAUAAAAAUACCAUGCCGACAAAGUGAAA